AUGCCUGCUUUAUUGGCGCUUAAAAUAUAUUUGGAAAUGUUUAUGGAAGUAAGAUUAUAUAGCAGAGCCUUUUUUUACUCCACAUGGAACUUAAAAGAUAUUGCAUUGAUGAUGUUCUUCUUUCUUCAAACCCAAGAAACAAAUGACGAUAUGUUUUUAAAGAAACAAUUUCAAUUUUCCCUGCACGUCAUCGCACUUGAUUCUCACCUCAUGUCUGCAAAUGAAUUAUGGAGAAGUAAAAGCUAA